AUGUUAGAAGGAUUGAAUAACCUUCAUGUCAAAAAUAUCAUGCACAGAGACAUCAAACCUCACAAUUUUUUAGUUUGUCAUUCUCAAACUUACGGAUUUACCAUCAAACUCUGUGAUUUAGGAUUUGCAUCUGCAGUAACGAAAUCGAAAAGUCACUACAUAUCAAAGAAAGGAACUGAUGCUUACUUUGCUCCUGAGGUAGAAAAUGGAUAGUCUAGAAUUCAGUCGGACCUCUUUUCUCUAGGAUUAGUUUUACUUGAGCUAGAUAAUCUAAAAGUUUUAAAUGAAAAUUGGAUAGACUUUAAUAUAAAAAAAGAGAUUCACGAAGGAAAAGCAAUAGCUUCAAAUUAUUAGAUUGAUAGAAAUUCUAAUAUUUAUAAAAUAGCUUAGAUUUGCUUAAAACCAAAUUAUUUGGAAAGGACUACUUCAGGAGACCUACUUUCUGAGCUUAUUAAGCUUCAUGGAUAACCAUUGAAAUUCACACUCACUUCUAUGAUACUAGAAGAACAAAUUCCUUAGUAAGCAUAACAAAUAUUCAAUAAAAUUAAUGAUCUUCAAAAAAAUGAUCAAACUUAAUUUGAGGAGUAUGCACAGAUGCUGCUUGAUAACACAGAGUCAAAAAUAAAGAAAAAAGAUACUUAUCAACAAUUUACAAAAGUAGAAAUACUAUCCAAACUAUUAAAAAGUUUAUAUGAAGAUAAGAAGUAUGUCAAUAAUUUCCAAAUUCUUAGUUUUGGAUGCUUUGGCAUGGUAUUAUCUACUAAAAAAGCUAAAUUGAAUAACAAAGAAAUAGUACUAAAAAUAUAAAAGAUUGUAAAUGAAUAAGAAAUUUAAAAUGAAAUUAGAAUAAUGUAACUAUUAAAAACUCCAUUAGUAGUCUAGUUGUAUGACAAUUAUGUCAUAGAAAAAGUUACAGCACCUGAAAAAUAUGUAGUUUUUGAGUUAGAAAAGUGUUCAUGUUCACUCUAGGAUUAUCUAGAAAGAUAAACAAAAGAAGGAGAAUUUAGUGAUGAAGAAAAGCUGAAUAUUGCACUCCAAAUAAUUGACUCUGUCAAUUAUAUUCAUUGUUUCAAUAUUAUUCAUAGAGAUAUUAAAUCUGACAAUUUUUUGGUUUGUUUGGAUGGCAAUCAACUUUAAAUCAAACUAUGUGAUUUUGGAUUAUCAGCUUAACUUGGAAAAGAUUGUGAAUAGAUCGAAAGUUUAGAUAUGGUAGGAAAUUGGGCGUACAUGGCACCUGAAAUCUUAACUAAAUAAGAUGAUUAAUAUAAGAUAUAUUCUAAAAAAUCGGAUUCUUACUCAGUUGGUUUACUAUUAUCUUUGCUUGACAACUACUUAAUUUUGAAAGAAAUAGUAGGAACUACUUUCAUAAAUAUGACUUUAGAGUAAUAUGAUGAGCCUUUCAAAAAAUAAAACAUAAAUAUUAAGCAGGACACUGAAAUAUUUAAAUUUAUUAAACUCUUAGUUGUCUGGGAAAGAGUCAACAGAGCUUCUCUUUCUAUUAUUAUUGAAUAAAACUCAAAAAAAUUUAAAUCAAACUAAAAUGAGAUGAAAUAAAUUAUAUCAUAGCAUUCUUUAAAUCCAAAAUAAAAUGCUGAAACUGUAAACAUAGGAUCUACUGCUCCAUUAAUUUCUUAAAAUUAGAUUCCAAUUUAAGAAAUCAAGUAGAUUAAGAUAAAGAGUAUGAUGGAUUUGUAUAAAAUUAUAGAAUUUCAUAAUGUUGAAAUAGAUUUAAGAAAGAAUAAUAUUGGUGAUGAGGGUGCAAAAGAUUUAGGCACAGGAAUAGCCUAGUGCAACAAUAUCACAACUUUGACGCUUAACUUAAGAAAGAAUAAUAUUGGUGCAUAGGGUGCAAAAGAUUUAGGCACAGGAAUAGCCUAGUGCAACAAUAUCACAACUUUGACGCUUGAAUUAUAAGAGAAUAAUAUUGGUGCAUAGGGUGCAAAAGAUUUAGGUACAGGAAUAGCCUAGUGCAAGAAUAUCAUAACUUUGACGCUUAACUUAUAUUAGAAUAAAAUUGGUGAUGAGGGUGCAAAAGAUUUAGGCACCGGAAUAGCCUAGUGCAACAAUAUCACAACUUUGACGCUUAACUUAAGAAAGAAAAAUAUUGAUUUAGGCACUGGAAUAGCCUAGAGCAAGACUAUCACAACUUUGAUGCUUGAAUUAUAUUGGAAUAAUAUUGGUACAUAGGGUGCAAAACAUUUAAGCACCGGAAUAGCCUAGUGCAAGAAUAUCACAACUUUGAUGCUUAACUUAAGUUGGAAUAAUAUUGGUGAUGAGGGUGCAAAAGAAUUAGGCACCGGAAUAGCCUAGUGCAAGAAUAUCAAAACUUUGAUGCUUAACUUAAAAAAGAAUAAUAUUGUUGAUGAGGGUGCAAAGGUUUUAGGCACAGGAAUAGCUUAGUGCAAGAAUAUUACAACUUUGACGCUUAACUUAAGUUGGAAUAAAAUUGGUGAUGAGGGUGCAAAUGUUUUAGGCACAGGAAUAGCCUAGUGCAAGAAUAUCACAACUUUGACACUUGAAUUAUUAGAGAAUAAUAUUGGUGAUGAGGGUGCAAAAGAUUUAGGCACAGGAAUAGCCUAGUGCAAGAAUAUCGCAACUUUGACACUUAACUUAAGAAAGAAUAAUAUUGGUGAUGAGGGUGCAAAAGUUUUAGGCACAGGAAUAGCCUAGUGCAAGAAUAUCACAACUUUGACGCUUGAAUUAUAUUGGAAUAAUAUUGGUGAUGAGGGUGCAAAAGAUUUAGGCACAGGAAUAGCCUAGUGCAAGAAUAUCACAACUUUGACACUUGAAUUAUUAGAGAAUAAAAUUGGUGAUGAGGGUGCAAAAGAUUUAGGCACAGCAAUAGCCUAGUGCAAGAAUAUCACAACUUUGGCGCUUAACUUAAGAAAGAAUAAUAUUGGUGAUGAGGGUGCAAAAGUUUUUGGCACAGGAAUAGCCUAGUGCAAAAAUAUCACAACUUUGACGCUUAACUUAAGUUGGAAUAAAAUUGGUGAUGAGGGUGCAAAAGUUUUAGGCACCGGAAUAGCCUAGUGCAAAAAUAUCACAACUUUGACGCUUAACUUAAGUUUAGGUUAUGGUUUGACAAUUCAAUUAAAGGAUUUAUUUGAAAAAUAAUUAUAAGCUCAAAAAAUAACUAUAGAAUGACAAUCAACUAAUAGAUACAUUUAGCAAACCUGAUUAAUAAUUUAUAUAUUAAAAAGUUAAUCUCUCCAUAAAUAAAUAUGUUUCAUAAAAAUAUUUAUUUAAUAAUUUUGUUUUUUAUAAGUAUAUUGAUUAAUUAGAUCAUGUUGAUUAUUUAUUGUUUGAUUUAUACCUAAAAAC